AUGGGCGAGGAGGGGCUGGCCGACGGUGGGCGAGGCUGGCUGGUGGCCCUGCUCUGGCCGCUGCUGCUGCUGCCCACUGGAGUGCAAGGGUCCUGGCCUGCGGCAUCCAGCUCCGCUGCCCCAGCUGCAGUGGCGGCGGCGACCGAGGAGCCGGGGUGGCGGUUGGCGCCCGGAGCAGCCUGCGGGAGGCCCAAGGUGAUGGGGAAGAUCUAUGGGGGCCAGGACGUGCCGGCUGGCCACUGGCCUUGGCAGGCCAGCCUGCUGUACCACCGCUCACACAUCUGUGGGGCUGUCCUCAUCGACUCCCUCUGGCUGCUUUCUACUGCCCACUGCUUUCUCAACAAAUCCGCAGCCCCGGCGCACUACCGCGUGGUGCUGGGAAGCACCGAGCUGUACCAGCGCUGCCCGCACGCCCAGGAGGCGCCCCUGAGCCGGAUCGUCGUGCACCCGGACUUUGAGAAGCAUCACCCCUUCGGGAGCGACAUAGCCAUGCUGCAGCUGCGCGCGCGCGUGCACUUCACGACCCGCGUGGCCCCCGCCUGUCUCCCCGGCCCCGGCGUGCAGCUGUCCGGCGACUUGGCCUGCUGGAUCUCGGGCUGGGGGAUGCUCAGCGAGGACCGGCUGCCUCCUCGAAUCUGGGCUCUGCUGGUUCCUCUGGGCCACCGGGGCUCCUGGGGAGCAGGGGCAGAGGGUGGAGUCCACGUGCUGAUGGAUGCAGAUCUGCGACUGUCCUCGGGGUCCAUCGGGAGCACCCUGGAGUGCAUUUCCAAGGCCACCCAUGGCGAUUCCGGGGGGCCCCUCGUCUGCGACCUCGGUGCCUGGGUUCUGGUGGGGCUGGCCAGCUGGGGCUUGGACUGCCGGCACCCCAUCUACCCCAGCGUCUUCACCAGGGUCGGCUACUUCACCGACUGGAUUGACAAGAUCCAGAGGCUCACCCCUCCCCCGGAUCCCACAACUGCACCUCAGACCCUGUUUCCAGAUCAGCCUCGGCAGGCUGCUGGCUCGUCCAAGCACAGCACAGUGCUUGUGUCUCCCCAGACCUGGUUCCUGCUGCUUUUGGUGCUCAGGGACCUGCAGCAGGCCCUGUGGUGACCCGCUGAGGCUCUCCAUCCUGCUCUCUGCCUCAGGCCCCAGUCACCUUGCUGGAACUUUCCACGCCUCCCCUUCCCCAGCCCCACUGGCUCUCAGUGCUUCCUUCUCCUGGACUUUCCUGUCCAUCAGCUCCCAUCCCCUAAGCCAAGCCUGAAAAAGCAAAUAAAAGAUUUAUGUCGCUUGUG